UGACAUUCUCGCCUUCCCACUCCCUAAUAUCUCUCUCGAAAUAGAUGGCCCCACUGUGUUCAGCGGCCACUCUCUUCCGCUAUAAGUUUCUGUUCUACACUGACCUUGUCACUCAUUUAUCUCUCCCGCUAGCAUCCUGACUACUCUCACGUUCCCAUUCCCUUAUCUCUCUCCCGAAAUGGAUGGCCCCACUGCGUUCAGUGGCCACUCUCUCCCGCUUCCUCACUGGCUCCUACUUUCUCUCCUCUACUUGAAAAUAUGCCGACCGAUGGAAACGCAUUUUCGGCUGUAUACCCUAUGCAUUCCUCUAUGUCUUCCAAAUAUGCCGAACGACAAAAUGCGUUUUCGGCUGUAUACUCCAUGCCUCUAUGCCUCUAUGCCUCUAUGCCUCUAUGCCUCUAUGCCUCUAUGCCCCUAUGCCCCUAUGCCCCUAUGCCCCUAUGCCCCUAUGCAUUCCUCUAUGUCUCCCAAAUAUGCCGACCGAUUUUCGGCUGUAUACUCUAUGCCUAUGCCUCCCUAUGCCCCUAUUCCUUCAUGCCUUCCAAAUAUGCCGACCGACAAAAAUGCGUUUUCGGCUGUAUCAUAUGUUCCCCUUUUUUUAAAUAUGCCGGCCAAUCGAAAUGCGUUGCCGGCUGUAUCUUCUCUUUCUCUUUCUCCUCCUGCUUUCCCCCUCCCCAGAGAUCAUCCCGUGCCUAAAUAUGCACCACAUCAGAGUGCUGUAUGCCGUAUGCCUCUGUGCCAGGCCAUGCCCCGCCAAAUAUGCGUCACAUCAGAGCGCUGUAUAAUGCGAUGUGCAUGUUCCUGGAUCCCCAAUGCCGAACGUCAUGCCCUGCGGCGAAAUAUGCACCACAUCAGAGUGCUGUAUGUCGUCAGGAGUAUAGCCUAGGCUGGAAGGGAUUGGAUCGGGGAAUGCAGUUCCCUUUUAAAUUUCCUUCCUCUUUCUUCCUCUUUUGCUUUUUGAAAAUUUGGGCCGUCCUUGGUCCUGCUGGGGACUUGUGCUUAGUUUCAUACGAGCUCUUCCGAAACCCAAAGCGGGUCGGGGGAGCGGCUAGGUACAUAGCUCUGGCUCUUCCGGGACGGUCGCAAGCAACCCACGCCCGCUGCUAAUUUUGUUAUUUUGUUCUCUAG